AUGGCACCCCGCACGCAGCUAGAGAUCGCUACUUCCUCCGUGAUCCGCCUGGUCAAGGAGGAAGCUUCUUAUCACAAGGAGCUUCUGCAGCAGGCCGAGCGUAUCAAGAAGCUGGAGGCUGAUACCACUGGUGACGACGAGAACCGCGAGUAUACUCUGAAACAAGAGCACAUGUCUCUUGAAGAGACUAAAAAGGUUCUGCCUACGCUGAAGGAGAAGAUUGUGCAGGCUGUUGCGAACCUGGAAGCUCUGAUUAUUGAGGAGGGCAAGAAGGGAAUGGACAGCAACGUUGAGCAUAUUACCGCUGGCAAAGAAGCCAUUGCCCAAGCUAAGACCGCAGAGCGUGAGAUCUCGUGA